AUGGCACACAAAGUCCUAUUCCUGGCCAACAGCGAGCAUGGCCAAACCAACAUCAUCCUAGCCAUUACCCAUGAGCUGUUACUACGAGGCGAUAUCGAUGUACAUAUUGCCUCUUUUCCGGCCCUCGAACGACGCGUUGAGAAAUUACUGAGGGAUCAGUCCGCCGCCUACGAUGAAGACUUUCGCUCGCGCAUCCAUUUCCAUGCCGUGCGAGGCCCGUCCAACACGGACGUCUUCAUCCGUACAGGCAAACGAGGGGCUUUCCAUCCCCCCGGCUAUCAUGGCGCCGUUCGCGGCUUCCAGUCCCUCUGCGAGGAUAUCUGGGGCUGGACAGAAGAAGAGUAUGUCGACAUCUACGAGAGCUGUCGGGACAUUAUCCGUCAGGUCUGUCCAUCCGUCAUCGCGGCCGAUUUCUUCUUCCUGCAGGGUCGAGACGCGGCUUAUAAUGCUGGAUACACGGCUAUUCUCAUCAAUACCACCUCGCUCAGUCAUAUCGUGUUGGGACUGCAGCCGGGGUCGGAGCCGUUGUGGAAGUAUCCUUUACCCGGAACCGGAUUCCCAUACCCCCUCCCCUGGCACAUCAUCCCUCUGAAUGCCCUGGCCGGCCUCAAAACCGCCCGCAUGUAUCACGGCAGCGGACGUCGUCGCGAGAUCCGCGACUGGCGCAUCCGACACAAAAUCCACGGCCGAUUCCCGUUCGCGGACGCCUGGCGUCCCGAACGAAUCCAUCUAACUCCUGCCCUGAAGGAGCUGGACUGGCCCUUUGACGUCGUCCCGGAGAAUAUACUCCCCUGUGGACCGAUCCUGCUACCCACCGCGUCCGUGCAGCAGCAGGAUCCAGAGCUUGCAUCCUGGCUGUCUCAAGCUCCCACCGUCCUGGUGAAUCUCGGUACGCUGUAUGCGCCGGACCCGGACGUCGCGUGGGAGCUCGCCUCGGGGAUCAAGAUGUUUCUGGAUGGAUGGAAAGGGGGGUCUAUGCAGGUUCUCUGGAAAUUGCCGAAACAUCCGCAUGACGAGGACGAUGUGUAUUCUCGGUCGAUUGAGCCGCUGCAAAGAGAGACGGAGAGUGGUGCGGUGCGUAUUGCGCCGUGGUUUGAGGUCGAGCCUAUGGCGAUGUUGCAGACUGGUCAGGUCGUCUGCUCUGUGCAUCAUGGGGGGGCGAAUUCGUGGUACGAGGCGAUUCAAAAUGGCGUCCCCCAUGUUAUUCUUCCUGCGUGGCAGGAUUGUUACGAGAACGCUGCCCGCGCCGAGUGGCUCGGUAUCGGCGUCUAUGGAAAUAAGAGCUGCGCGCCGCAUAUCAGCGCAAAGGAGCUCAGUCAGGCACUCGCCACCGUCAUGGGUAAUGCGUCAUAUAAGGAGAAAUCCAUGCAGCUUUCUAAACUCUGCCACGUCAAAGAGGGCCGGGUGGCCGCGGCAGAGAAAAUCGUGGAAGUCGCUCACAAUCCGGACAAAAUGGCACUCGCCAUGCCGGAGAUCAAGAUCGAUGAUCCCCAGUGUACACUGUACGAGGUGAAGAAUCGCUCGGGAAUGGUUCUUCAGACGGCGCAGCAGCUCAAGACAGAGGGGAAGGGAACUUCCAGAUCCGGUAUUCAGGACAUCACCCAAAGCAUACUGAUCACCACGAUGUGCAAUACAUGGUUCUUCCUCCCCAUCCUUGGCUACUCACUCCUUCUCAUCCCUCGUCUCCGUCUCACCGUCCUCGUCUACAUCAUUUAUAUCAAAUUUCUCGCGAAAUCCCACACAUUAGGGACACUGCCCCUGCGAAACAACGUUUUCCGCAAAUCCUGGAUCUGGAACACUUUCGUCCGCUACUUCCCUAUCACGCUCUACCGCAGCGCGGCGCUCUCCCCCCGCAAGAAAUACAUCUUCGGAUACCAUCCGCACGGGAUCAUCUUCCGUGGCGCGAUGGGCGUCCUUGUCGCCGACGGGGAGGAGAGUUUCUCUCGUCUGUUCCCGGGAAUCACGAAUACUCUUCUCAUGAAGGAUUCAUCCUUUCAUCAGCCCCUGCUGCGCGAGUACCUCCUCUCCAUGGGUCUAGCCAGCGUAUCUCGGAAAUCGUGCAUUCGACAUCUUACAAAAGGGGGACACGAUGAACAGGGCAUGGGUCGUGCGAUCACUAUCAUUGUUGGUGGGAGUCGAGAGUAUAAUAUUGCUAGGCCGGGGACGAUGGAGGUGGUGGUUCGUGUGCGGAAGGGGUUUGUGCGCGUGGCGGUUGAGACGGGCGCCGAGUUGGUUCCUGUUGUUGCGUUCGGCGAGAAUGACCUGUUUGAGAGGGUGGAUGUGAAGAAUUCUGGCUGGUUCGUCAGGUCUGUGGCCAAGGUGUGGGAGACGGUUGUUGGGCAUAAGAUCGCGUUUUCAACGGGGAGAUUUGGGAUCUUUUCUCCUUUUCAAAAACCGGUGAAUGUCGUCGUGGGGGAUCCCAUCCCUGUGACACAGCAGCGGUGGGAGCCGGACCCGAAGUAUAUCGACGAACUGCAGGAACAGUAUGUCGAUGCGUUGAGGAGGUUGUUUGAGGAUUGGAGGGAUGUGUUUGGGGUGGACAAGUCGGUGAGAUUCGAGGUGGUGGAGUGA